UGUGGAGUCACGUGACUGCAACCCAUUCGUGCCGACCCUUUGUUGUAGGGAUUUUAGGCAAGGAGAAUUGCUAUAUUGCCCCGACACGAAAGGACUGCAAAUCGCUGCAAACGGCACUGAUGAAGAAGGACUUAUAAACGAAGCAAAACAAUCGAUGCGCGUCGGGUUCGGUCUCCUCGGAGUUUGACAAACCAGCAAAAAGACACGCAAGAGAUGCACACAAAGACAUUCGCGAGCUGUUAUUGAUGCACGCACGAGCUCAAUGCAAUACACACACAACAGCAAAGCCAUGCAAAUGUGCUUGUAAUCGAAAUGCGCGAUUGUUUUUAACCGGAGUGAUGCUCGCUUGGCUCGAUCUGCCUUCCUGGGACACAAACACGUUUUAAAAGGGAACGCAUCAUCCAUAGGUCGCUCCUCUUUUGUUACGCGGUAUCUUUAUUUAACAGGUCAAAGCGGAGAUAUAGACUGCUGUUGCAUUGAAUCAUGUUGGUGGGCAGUGGGCUUGUAAGGUGGACCGGACCAAAACGGUCUUUUUUCUGCCUGCUGACCAUUGCCCUCAGCACUGUACUGGGAUCUGUCCAGUCGUCCCACCCGCAAAACACUGACUGUGCGUCCGGCAAAGGCAAAGGCUGUUUAGCAGAUUUGUCGGAAAAGAAGAGUGACUUGCGUGUGUGUGAUGCUACUACGUGCCGUUAUGAUGGGACCUGUCGAGACAACGGUGCUGACCUCAAAUGCGUAUGCCAGUUUCAGUGCUCUAAGAACUACAUCCCCGUGUGUGGUUCUAACGGAGACACCUAUCAGAAUGAAUGCUAUCUGAGACAGGCAGCCUGUACGCAGCAGAGACCAAUUUCUCUGGCCUCUGAGGGCCCCUGCUAUCCUGACAGCAGCUCGGGAUCUGGGGAUGGAGAAUAUGAGGGAUCAGGCACAGAUUCGGUCAAGAAAGUCACAAAAUGCAGCAGCUGUAAGUACGGCGCGGAAUGUGACGAAGACGCAGAGGACGAAGACUCCUGUUCGUGUAAAAUCGACUGUAGUGGGCAUAAUGAGAAUCCCGUAUGCGGUACAGACGGAAACUCGUACCACAACCCCUGCCUUGUGCGAGAGGCUUCCUGCAUGAAGCAGGAACAGAUAGACGUGAAACAUCUGGGGAGAUGCCCAGAUAAAGACAAAGGCAAAAAAACAGAUGCUGGAAUUCCUUACAAGCCUGAAUUUACCGACCCAGCAAAAGCUGGUGAUGGAAAAGGAUAUGGUUGGAUGCCUGUCCCCUGCACAGACGACUACGCUAACUUCUGCGUUCAUGGCCAGUGUGAAUUUAAUUAUGGUAUCGCCUCCUGUCGGUGUGAUUCAGGCUACACGGGAACACAGUGUGAGGAGAUUGCAGACUUUAACAUCCUUUAUGUGGUACCCAGCGGUCAGAAACUUCAUUAUGUGCUUAUAGCUGCUAUCAUUGGAGCUGUGCAGAUUGCCAUUAUUGUGGCAGUUGUAAUGUGCAUUACCAGGAAAUGUCCAAAGAAUAAUCGUGGAAGACGACAAAAGCAGAACUUGGGACAUUUUUCAUCAGACCCCUCUUCAAGGAUGAUGUAGCUUGUUUUUAUUUUUAUACUUUUUGUACCGAGUGGAUUACAGUUUUAAUGUACUUUUUUUGUUUUGGGCUUUCUUGACUGGACAAUAAGGUUAUUUUCGAUUACAUGUUAUUUGAUUAUUUUAAUGGAUGGUGCCUUAUUGUUUUCUUUUUUUCAGGACAUUUAAGGUACUUGAUGUCAGUGGUAAACACUGUCAAAUGAAUGACAAAAGCCAGCUCCUUUUUGUCGAGUUUGUUUUUGUUGUCGUAUUUUUAUUAGUUUGUGGUACCAUUUUUCACGUAUUGUUAAAUGUAACUCUCGGGACACAAACUGUACCACAAAAACAGAGGUCCUUGAUUUUCUUGGAAUGGAAUGUGCUUCUAACUGAAAAUAUUAACUCUUAAGUCUGUCUUUAACCCCAUUUGAUUUAUUUAAAUUUUAUUUACUUAAAUCAAACACAGCUGAACACCAAAUUUAAUUGGACAUGAACAAGCGCGCCGACGAAGUGAUGACGUUUACAGUUUCUUUUGAGAGGAAUUCCAGAGAAUGAAAUGCAAUGUGUUUGACUAGCUAAUUUUAUCAAUGUUGAAAUGUUUGUAGUUUUUAUGUUCUAAUGUUAUCGGUGUUGUUAAUGUUGAAACAGUCAUUAUUGUCAUUAAUUUAAUUCUACGAACUGCAUAUCGCAUGACCUGUGAAACUGUGUCCAGUGAUGUAGAUUUAAUAAAAUUUAAUUCUCAGUCUUACACAUUUUUUGUCACCUGUACACAAUUGUCACAUUUAUAAGUUAAAAGAAUGUGUAACUUCGUGAUAGGACAAUUAAUUAAUGAACAAAGGGAACUUUUUUGUAUCUGUCAUUACAAUAUCUUCAUUACGAGAAUCAUGGAGUAUCAUAGUUAUCAAUCAUCCUAAUUUUAUUCUUAUAUAUGAAGCUCCUUGUUCUAUUAAAUGUAUUGCUGUAUGUCUCACUACAUUCAAUAAAACACGUUACAGCUAAUCACAUGAUUUGCCAAAGAAAGGCCUUAGAGGUGAUGUAAUUUUUUUCAAUGUUAAAAUACUUUCUCCUAUUCAAGCUUAAAAUGUAGAGACAGCUGUAAGUAAGCUAUUUGUAGAUUGAUUCAAUUGGAAAGUGUAAACAGCUUGACACAUCAACAUUGGCUCAAUCAAUGGCAUGCAUUUUUGGUAUUUCUGUUUUGUUUGACCAACAGGAGAUGGGAGGAGUGUUGGGAAACCUGUCAGAAAACAGUCAUAAUUUUUACAAUCCGUUAGGUUACAUCAAUGGCGAAGAAAUUACACACUUAACUUUUUAAAUAGAAAGGAAUUAACUGCUGUAAAACACAUUGCAUUGCAAAGUUAGUUGUUAGAGCUUGAGUCAUUCAGUUGUAGCUUGUCAUUAAAAGGAUGCUUAGCCAUUCUAAUUAUGCCUAAGUAAUACAAUCUCACAGAGUAAUCUUAUAAUAACAUUGUGUUUCUCUUAGCUCUUAUGAAUCCACUUCAAGUGUUUUUGGCAUCUUUGCGGUUUAAAAAGACUUCUUGAGUUACCUUUCCAAUAAUAAAGAGUCAACAACGUCACAUUAUCUAUAUAAAUAGAAAUAGUGAUGAGCUGUUGGGUUUUAAAAUGGCAUAGAUUGCAAGAAGAAUGUAAUGAGUGGCAGCAGUUAAAAGAAAUAAGAGCAAACUGCAGAUGUUUAAAUGUUUGGUCAUGCGAGUCUCACAAUGCAUAUGAGAUUUGUGUGCAAGAAAGUGGUGUUGAGUAUCAACUGAAUUAAGAGUUAUUGAGAAUUAAAUAAGCCUCAGUCAGCAAUGACACGACAGAUGAGUAAUUAUAGAUGGGCCUGAGGUUUAAGAAUAGGCCGCAGCUGGUGGCAUCAUUUCACAGUUUGGACAGUCCUCUUAGCCCCAAGGAGAAAUGAUGGCACCUCCUCCUUAAGGUGGAUCAUCUUCCACAGGGGCCGGAUACGUGAAACGUUCUUAAGAAGAAAUUUCGUCUUAACUACCAUUUUCUUCUUAAUUUCUAACUUCAGAAAAAAGUUAAAAAUAUUUUGUAUCCCCAAAAAAAAAUUUUUUUUUUCUUAAAAUUGUUCUUAAGAAAAAAAUUAAGAAGCAUUCAGAUUCUCUGAUUUUUUUUUUUCUUAAAAAUCGUCAUAAAUAACAUCUUAAAGUUAGGAUAACCUCACAGUUGUCUUAAAUUCUAAAAGGUAAAAUGUUUAAUGAAUUUACUGGGUUUUUCAUGUUGAGUCUCAAGUUGCAUUUUUGACUGUUUUGUGUUUAAUUAUAUUUUUAUUUUCAA